CAAAAACAUUUUCUAGGAUUUCGAUUAUAUAUGUUCCAGAUUCCAUCCAUGGCGGCCUAUAACAGCAACUCGGCUCCGGAUCAGCCGCUAAGCUUGCGAUUUUUGCCUUGCAGCUCCGCGAAACGACGGCGGAUACAUUCGACAGAAGGAAACUCUCUUCCGACGAAGAUCGUUCAACUGGGAGACGAUCUCCUCGUAGAAAUCCUGAUUCGCCUCCCUAACCCCAGAUCAGCUUGUCGCUGCAAAGCCGUCUGCAAGGAAUGGAAGUCCCUUAUCUCCCAUCCAAUCCGCUUCAACCGCCGUUUCGUUUCCCACCACCAGAGCAGGAACCGGAAGUCUGUUCUCCUUCUACACUCAGACGACCCGCAAGCGAUCAUCAGCAGCUUCAUCCCCAUGGCUACUCCAUUUACCCAACGCUCCUUCGAAGUAAUCGACUCUUACAAGGACUUGGUUCUAUGCGGGUUUGCGGAUGUGAGUGCCUCGUGCUGCGAUAGCGCAUUGUACGGAGAAUUGUACCGAACGUACUUCCUCUGCAAUCCGUUUACGAAGCAGUGGGUCGCCCUCCCUUUGGCGCCAGAAUUGUCAAUUGAGUGUGGACACUUCUUUACAAGAUUUUCUCUUGUACUUUUUUGUCAAACCAUUUCAGGUACCUUCGCAAUGGCAUCUGCAAAAGUUGAUGAGGUACCAGCUGCUCUUUGUGAUCUCAAGUCUACGAUUACGGAUGAACUUUUGGCAGUUGCAGAGCCAAUCGUUGGACUUCGACGUGUUCCUGCUCUCGUCCGGCGUGCAGCGGCUUUCUAUCAGCGACAGCUGAUACAAAAGCUUCAACUUCUUGAUUCUGGAAUUGUGGCCAAUGAUGUUCAACUGGUUUCCCGUUUUCCAGGAAUCGACCCCGAAAGUGUUGUUUUCAAAUCCAAGUGCAACGAGGCAUCUCACUUUCUAAUACACUGUCAUCAUGACGACGUGACCUAUAGAGCAAUGACUGUAUAUCGCGUACACUUGAUGGAAGCAGUGAGAGGAUUUGAAACUGAAGUCGCGGCAAGUGAUAAGCAGCUAAGUGGAAGUGCUGCACAAACCAUUCAAGGCACAUUUACUCAGCCAACUGCACUCCAGAAUGAUGUUAUUAAUGCUGCUGAUGCUCAAGGUGCCGCUGCACAGUUGAUUGUGCCGCAGAAUGCUCUUCUGGGUUCAGCUGCUGCUGAAGUUGGGAAUCAUAUUGCGGCGCAUAAUGCUCUUCUGGAUGGUUCUGUUGCUGGAGGUGAGUAAGUUAAUGUAGCUGCAGCCCAUGUAGCAUACGUAGUAGGUCACAUUUCAGCCCAUGUAACCUUUAUACAGGUAGUCCGUAGUCGUAAGUUCACGAAUAAGAACAUCAGCGCUCAGGAGAAACUCUGACUUUUCAAGAUGUAGAUGAAUUAUAUGAAUUUCAAGAUGUAGAUCAACAAGGGAACCAUUCCUCACAAGCAGUGACAGAACAUGGCAGCCCAAAAAGGAUGACAACCUGUUCUCAAGGAGGGGAAAGGGGAGGGGAGGAAAAUUAUGGUGGUAAAUGUUAGUCGGUUAUCAUCGAUAACUAUAUUUAAUGAUUAAUUGAUAACCGCUAAUUUUUUAGUAAUUUGG